CACAGUUUUAGAGAAAAAUUGUGUUUGCAUUAUGAAUCGUUCACAUCCAGUUGCAGAUGGGAAAGAUCGAAUACGGUCUAAACUUCAGAGCAUUGAAGAUGAAAAAGAAUUGAUUAUUUCUAUCAUUGAGAAUCUUGUUGCAAAGGCUAACAAAACUGCCAAUUCUUGCCUUGAGGAAGAAAACCGAACUACUUUUUUCAAGAACUUUCAUCAAGUUAGCCAGGCAUUGGAAUCUUGCUCUGAGAAGCUUUUUUUUAUUAGAGUAAAUCUCCUGGAAAAUGGUGAUGGAGAAGAUGAAUUACCAGUAGAGAGUUCCAAAGAAAGCUAUGGUGAAGAGCUCUCCAAAAUUACUGUCUCAUACAAGGUCACUCCUGACCCAAAGGAACAGUUAACAACGUGUGAUGUAUUAUCGGAAAAUGUGUAUAGUAAAGAAUAUAAAGAAACAUUUUUACAGUUGAGGAACAAAACAAGUGUGAGCUCAGAUGACAGUUAUAACCAGGUCAGUGUGGUGUCAUCUCCUGCUUCUUCUUUUUAUUCCCUCCUAACGAGCUCACCAACAAACAGAGCAUUUGAACAAAAUAUACAGUUUGAUUCUAAUCACAGUGUAAGCAAUAAUAGUGGUAAAAGAGCUCAAGAGGUUGAAAACUUGAUAACUUUAGAUAAUCUUUCAGACCAGAAGCACACGCACCAAAGUUAUAAUCAGGAAUCCAAACAAGAUGGAUGUCUAUCAGACAUAAAAGAUGACCACAAUGACAAUCCUAAAGAAACGUUAGUGAAUACGCUAUUUACUUCAGUUGAAAACAUCGAUAAAAUCUCUCAUUUAGGGAAUGAAGGACUCUCUGAUAAAUAUCAGUCUUCUUCCUCAUUUGUUGUAUCUGACAAAGAGCCUUAUCAGUCAGUAAAUCAUAGUAUUGUGAAGAGUCAACUAGAAGUUGAGAGUCAGCCUUUUUUUACCUUACCAUAUAAACAUGACAAGAACUCACAGUCAUUAAAAUGUCUUGGUAAUGUGGAGGGUCAGUCUCGUGUGCUACAGACUCAUGAGAAAUGCACAAAUUCAAGUCCACAGCAUACCACAACAGACAGUCAUUCCUGUAUAGCAGAUAAUACUAGGAAUAUUUCACAAGUUUUAUUGUCAUUUGAUGUUGUAGAAGAACAACCUCGUGCACACACUGGACCUAAUAGUACUGAACUUGGUAAACCUUCAGACCCUAAUGAACAUGACAAUUUGCCAUUACUUCAUAAUUCAAUAGAUCAGCAUUCUUUUACACCACCUAGUGUACAUAGUGGAAAUCCAAAACUACCACAGACAGACAUUUCAGAAGGUGAACAAGUUUGCAGAUUAUACGGAUCCGAAAAUGUUGUGCACUCAUCUUUUCAUCAUCUCGGUACAACAGGUACUCAGCCAAAUACAUCGCUUGCAGCUGACAGAAGUCCACCAACACCCGCACUUCAUUCCACAGCAUGUUAUGAACAAAGCGUGCAUCCACAUGUGUCGCCAUCUAAUGGACUGAAGAGUCACCCUUGUCUGCCACAAAUACCUGACCCAAAACCACUGACACUAGCACAUGCUAGUGAGAGAAAAAGUGAUUUUGUAAUUCGUCCCAUGCAUGUAAGGAUAGGAGUGCCCAUACCUGCAGUUGUUUCUCACAUUGUUAGCCCAUCCGAAUUUUGGCUCCAGCCUGCAGGAACAGUGGUUGAAGAGCUGUCUCACAAAUUGCAGUUUGCAGGACGGCAGUAUCAGGAUAAUGAACUUUGCUCAGUAGAAGUUGGUAGCUAUUGCAUGGCAAUUUUUCCUAAGGAUAAUUGCUGGUACCGGGCUGUGGUGCUAGGCUGUUCAUGGUCUGAUCAACAACCAAAUUCUCGUAACACUGUGACUGUGCAGUACAUUGACUAUGGAAACAAAGAAGUUAUUUCUGUAGCAUGGCUACGUCCUCUCCAUGUGGAGUUUUUGAGUGUUCCAAUGCAAGCAGUUCAGUGCUACUUAAGAGAGGUGAAACCCCUGUUUGGACAGUGGCAUGGACCUGCUUUGGAUCAGUUUCAGAAACUAGUUUUGUUACCAUUAGGCUUAAGAGCCACAUUUUAUCAGCCUGUGGAAGACAAUGUGUAUCCUGUUGAGAUGAGUUGUUUUAUACCCUUUCUGCAAUCUUAUUAUAGCAUUGGUGGGUCUUUGAUUAGCUCUGGAUUGGCAUUGCGAGCUCUAAAUGAAAAGGGUGACAUGGGAAUGGAAGAUCACACAUCUACUAGUAAAGGACAAAACACGGCAUCGGGUUUCAGUGAAGUGUCACAAUAUCAUCAGUUUCAGGCAUCAGAUCAGAGUAGACCUAAUCUACUUGUAACUGGUACUCCUCAAAGUUCUCUACAGAACACCAGUGAUAGUGAAACAGACUUAACAUCCAAGAAAAAUGAGAUGUCUGAAGAUGCUUCUGCUGAAGUGUCUGACUCGGAAGAAGCCAAGCAAAUGCCUCUCAAGAAAAAGACCUCGUGUCGAAAUGUAAUACCGGAAGGACGGUUAGAUCAAGACAGCCAGUCAGAUAGCACAGAAAACAGUUCAGCUGGUAAAAUGUUUUUUUGGAAUGUUCUUGUUUCACCAGCACAAGUCCAAACAAGUGAAGAUGGUUUCUUUGUAGCACUUUCUUCAGUUGUGCUUUCUCCAAGUGAAUUCUACGUCCAUCCAGUAACCAAGGAAAAUUCAUUACUUGAUGACCUGCGUGAAAAAAUGACAUAUUUCUAUGAGAUGAAAGUGUUCAAGAAAUGGUCAUAUGAUAGUAUUCCAUUACAUACAGGCCUUUACUGUUGUUGUCGCUACACUUUGGAUGGAUCCUGGUAUAGAGUAAAACUUAUAAAAGUCCUUGAAAAAAAUGAUCACCCAAAUACUUCCUCUACAGGAAAGAGAAGGAAAUCAAGGAAACUUAGACAUGCCUCAACACCAGUUCUUGUCCAGUUCAUUGACUAUGGAAAUGUAGAAAAGGUUUCUCUGAAAGAUCUUUAUCCACUGGCAGUAGAAUUUUCCAAAUAUCCAGCUUUUGUUGUCCGGUGCUCUCUGGCUGACGUGAGACCAAAAAGUACACAGACUACGAGAUUUAAAGAUGAUACUAAUAACGUACUGGAUUUACGGUGGUCAGAGGAUGUUGGAAAAAGAAUGAUAGAAUUGAUGGGCUUUGAGAAAUGUCUCAGCAUACAAGUUAUUUCCACAUCACACACACAAACACCAAGGAAGGAUACCUGCUUCAACGUUCAUGUGUGGGAUACUCAGGGUUCAAGUGACAUUCUGAUUAACUCAAUCUUAGUUGAAGAAGGGCUUGCUGAAACAGAUAUUUCCCCAAUAUCAAUAGAAGAUAAUGAAGAAGUCAUUCCAGAAGUUGUAUUAGAAAAGUCAGAUGUUCAAAAUCCAUCAUCUUCUGAAAUCCACUCCGAUAUGAAUAGUUGGAAUCCCAUGGCCGAGGAUUACCUCAGUGCACGAAACAGUUAUGCUGUUGAUAUAGAUGAUCCAGGAGUAGCAGUAACAGGAUACAAAGCUAAAGAUGAGCAAUACAUCUGCAAGUAUUUUAGUGUGAAGGGAAGAUGCCCACGAGGUGAAAAUUGUCAUUAUGAGCACAUCUAUACUGGAGAAGAUGGUACAACCAGAGAUGUAAUGGAGGUUGUUAGCAAUUGUCCACGUUUAAAACUACCUGCUAUUGGGAGUUAUGUGGCCUUGAGUUUGUCUGCUGUCUUCAAUCCAGGACACUUCUAUGCUGUCUUCCCGUAUGGACCAAUUCCUUUUUUCAAGAUUAAUCAAGAAGGUCCUACUACAGUAGAAGAAAAAGAAACUCUGGAAGCUCUGAUAAAGGCUAUGACGGAAUGUUAUUCUAGAAAAGUAUUUGUUCAAGAUCCUAGUAGUUUGCCUCCUCCCGGAAAAAUAGUCUCUGCUAGGAGCGAGGAACACGGCCACUGGUAUCGCGCCAGGAUACUCUCCAUAGAUUCUGAAGGAAAAAAUGUUGAGGUGUUUUUCCUAGACUUUGGUGACUGUGAAUGGAUCCCUCUCAGCAAUAUUCAUGACUUAAAACCCGAGUUUUUACAUUUACCAGUACAAGCUGUGGAGUGCUUCCUAGCAAAUAUAGAGCCAGUUGGAAGAGAAAAAGGAUUAACAUGGUCUCAAGCAGCAAAAAAAAUGUUUAAUGAAUUAGCCCAUAACAAGCUUCUCUUAGCUCAUGUUGUCAGCAAAAGUGACGAUGUGUUAUAUGUUGAACUUAAUGUUCCCACUGACAACCAUCAUAUCUCAAUCAACGAAGCCUUGGUAACAAGCAGCCUUGCUCAGUAUAUGCCAAAAAGUCAUUUAAUUCGAAAGCCUUCUAACCAUCCUGAUCAGUGUACAGAUGGAGCUGUUAAAUCUAAAACAGUAAUCCACAUUCCUGGCUGAGGAUUCCAAAAACUUUAUUUUUCUACUUUAAAACUAUAGCAGCUAAAAAUAUUAGUUUAUUGAGCAUGAACCGUUCAUCGUGGUUCUCUUCUGUUAAGGAACAUAAUAAGAUGAUAAACAUUCGUUUCACUAAUUUUGUUCUUUCAUUUUAUGUAGUUAAUGUAGUUUCGUUUUUAAGAUACAAAGAUUAUGCAUAUAGUUUUUGAAAAUUCUUUGUACAGUACUGUGAAUGUGUAAAGAAAACUUGCUAUAAAGAAGAA